AUGGGUGAGCUUGUAAAUGCUGCAAGAACAUUAGGUGAAACAGGAAAUUUUGUAGAUGGUUUUAAAAGACUUGUUUCAAAUGUUUUAACAAACACAAAGAAAUUAUUUAGAUAUACCGUACAUAACGGACGGAUUUUCGAACAGGUAGCAACAAACCCUCCGGUUAUGACUGCGUUGAUGAUGGUUAGAGAUAUAAAACCACGUAACGACGGGAACGAAGAACAUGAACAACAGGAUACUGGUCGGGUUAUUCGAGACAUUAAAAACGUGUAUCCUGAAGUUAUUGAUUUAUUUAGAGGAGUUAAUGAUUCAAUUUCAAAACAUUCUAUAACCCUCGAUGAAGAGAAUAAAUUAACAGAUUAUAUAUUCGUCAUUAUUGCAGAAUUAAUGAAGAGAAUAAAUGAAAAAGGAAUUGGCGAUAUCAUUAAUGUCAGCGAUGUAAUGAUGAAAAGAAAUUUUGACUCAUUAUUUACAAAACCGAAAACAGAAUAUAGUCUUUAUGACGUAAUUACCGAAUUAAUGAAAAAGAUUAAUGAUAAUAAGAGUUCUGGCGGAAGAGUUGAAUUAGAAGUGAAUGAGAUAGAAGAGAAAUUAGAUAGUAAGGCAGAUAAAAACCAUGUUCAUUAUAUAACUUCAGACGAACAGAUUAUAACGGACUACCAUGGAUAUUUAACACGAAGUGAUGAAGUGAAGACGGAAGAUGUUAAUGAAAGAAGAUAUAAAUACAUUCGUGCUAAAGGUUAUGACAUAAGCUGUACUGUACAGUAUGACACAGGUAAAGCACCAGAAGCAUUUGGUUAUAACGAUGAAAUUUAUGCUUCUAGUUUCUCUGUUAACGGUGUAUUAGUUGAACCAAGAUUUACUUUGAGAGUUAAGACAAAAUAA